AUGCGGAACGCCUUUGAGCUUCUAGCUUCUGGUGCAAAGGGCAAGGGCAGCUCUAAGACGCCGGCUGGCAGCAAGAGCUCAUACGCCACAUGUCCGCUAUGCCAGCGCACCGUGCCGCUGAGCUUUGCGGACGCCCAUCAGGAUCACCCCAGCGGCUCCUCACCAUCACCCGGCCUGGGCGCUUCGACGCCACAGCCAGAUGCGCGCAGCAUCCCGCCGCCACACUUUCUUCCUGGAGCGCACCCCGGGGGGCCGCUGGCUGGGACACUGGUGGUCAAAAGGACAGGCUGCGUGACGGCCGCACAGCAGAGGCUGGUGGGCAGCAGCUGCUGGUCGGUUACCCUGACGGUGGGCCUGGGGCCCCGGGUGGCGGCCGUCGCUAGCGGUGGCGGCGGCGAUGGGGGGAGUAACGGCAAGGAGACGGUGGUGCUGCUGACCAACGUGCCACCCGGCGACGGUGGAGAAAUCAGCUGGAGCUCAGGCGGCUUGCCCAGCAAUGACCUGCCGCCGGAGGGCCGCUGGCGGGGCGGCCCCUCCGUGCUGAAGAGCGCCCUGCAGAAAGCGGUGCGGCUGGGACGUGGUAGCUGCGCUGUGCGCACGGCGCUGCACCUGGACGCAAUCUUGCAUCCGGGGCUGCCGCUGGUGGUGUGGCUUAUGGCUGCGCAGGCCAAGGGCUUCGUCCUGGGCCGCGCUCACGGGGAUGCGCUGCUGCCGCUGGUUUAUCAGCUGGCCAUGGUUCAAGUGCGCGACGGCCUGCCUGAUGACCCGUGGGACAGUGGCGACCCGGCCGCCAUGGGUUCCUCUGCAGGCACUGCACUCCAGGGCCCCGCGACGUUGCAGCAGGUGGACGAGAUGGCUUUACCCGCACUGGAGAGCUGUCUCGUCAAGUGUCUGCUGUUCCGUGCCAGCUAUGGCGGUAUGGGCGGUGAUGUGCGCAUGAUGCGGGCCUUCGCGGGGUACUGGGCGGCACGGUUCAAGAGCUCGGCAGCCCAACCGCCGCCUCCGCCCGGGCAGCCGGAGGGGCCACCCUCGCGAUCCACAAUCGGCCCGCCAUCGGCGGGCCUGUCCGAAACACGGCCGGCGCCAUUGGACAAUGCCGUUGGCGAGGGCUCGGAGGUUCGCGGCAACGCCCAUAUGACACAGGAGCCUGCAGCACUGGCCAUGGCGGGCUGUUCAUCGCAAGCCACGCCUGGGGACGUGCGUGUCCCUGAUACCUACUUCGCGACCAGGCUCCAGGCGGAGGACGCCCCACCCAGCUGCACCGUCUUUGUACCCGCGUCACAAUUGCUGAAGGAGGCCGUCAGCGAGCAGUGCGCCCUGCGUAGGCUUGCAGCUGUAGCGGCAGCACGGCCAAUCUCGCCGGCAGCAGCACCACCACCACCACCACCACCACCGCAACCCUCACCAGCAUCGUGCACCUCGUCCGCUGACGGGAUCUUUCCGUCGUAUACACAGACAUCCUUAACACAGCAGCAAUAUCAGCCAGCAGCCGGCGACGAGGUGGUUCGGCCGAGGUGGCACGGUGUUGGCCAGGGUGAUUGCAUGGUGCACGCAGAUGCGGCAGUCUUGGCAAGCGACUCCACCAGUGGUGGCAAGGGCGUUGACAGCAGCGACCAGCUCAGCCCCUGGUUAGCCUUCCUCUGCAACCUGUAUGACCAAGUGCUGGCGACGGUCGCCUCCGUGGGCCCUAUGCGCCGCUCUGAUGUACCGCUAUCUGCCGUGGACUUCCAUGUGUCCGACGUGAUCACGCGGCUGAUGGAGCGGCCCGAGCUGCAGGCCCUGGCGCCGGGCGCUGAUAGCGAGCACCGCAGCCUUGAAGCGCAGCUGACGCGGGAGGACGCCGCGCGGCGGAGAUUGGAGGUGCUGUGGACCGCAGCUGCGCCGUGGGCGGACCGCUUCUCCGUUAGCUUCAUCGCACGGCGUUUCGGGCCGCCCUAG